AGUGGAAUUAAAGGAGCGAUCUCAGAUACAUUGCCGAGAGUGAAAGCGCGAGCACCGGGCUACGAGCGAGGUUGUUUGAUGUUUGUAUGUUGUACAUGUGAAUUGUCUCGUACCUAAGUAACUGCACCGGAUAGACCCGGUGGACCGAUUGGGUGUAAGACAAAAUAAUAUCAGUGAGUGUGAGUGAACAACGUUAAAACAUGCUACGAGCACUUACCAUUGUGUCAUUUUGGGUAAUUGGGGCGUUCUCCGCGGAAUUUGAGGAUGCCUUCAGGAGCUGUUACCCAGACGUCAGUGGCUUCGACGCCUGCAUCAGGGAGGGCCUGAAUGCCGUCAGACCCUAUUUCAAAACAGGUGUACCUAAGUACAAUAUCGCGCCGUUCGAUCCAUUUUUCGCUAAGGAGACGACGGUCCAGAGAGGACUACCCAACUUUGGGUUCGGCUUGACACUGAGGAACAUCACCGAGAGUGGCUGGACCGCCAGUAAAGUAACGAAAUUCGUCAGCGAUUUGCCCAAUUACAAAGUUGUUUAUACUCAAAGUUUCCCAGCAAAGUUCCUGAACGGUGAUUACGAAUUCCGAGGGAAUAUUUUGGGCCCCAGGAUGAUCAACAACGGGAAAUUCACGUUAGAUUUGUAUGACCUUGUACAAACAACAACAGUUACCAAACGCCCGGGCUCAAAGUUAACUGUACGUGUGGAGGUUCAGACGAUUCGUGAUCUAAAGCUUCACAUCACGAACCUGGUUCAAGGCCGAUCAUUCAUCGAGAGUAUCGUAGACAGGAUAAUCAACGGCGCUUGGCAACCGGGUUUUGUCAUGACACGUGGUAUCAUCAACGAUUUGGUGUCCAGCGCAUUCACCGACAUCUUCGGUCGAGCAUUUUCCGAUUUUCCAUUCGACAAAAUCGUCAGAAAAAAAUCCGUGAAAAAUUCCUAAACAAUUUAACGUAUUUCUGACACCAGUGACGAGUUCCUAAACUGUCAGUUGACAAUUAACUCCAUCAGUUAUCAUAAAAAUACUCAACAGCGUGGCCCGAUGCCCAUCUGUGAUCACUCGAGGGUUGAUUCCCAAAUUUCUAUUAAUUUGUUUUACAUUGUUGCUUGUAUAUAUGGAUAAAAUAUAUUUGUAAUUGAUUUUGCUGUCGA